AUGCGCCGCUCAUUACCGCACCAAAACAUCCUCUCAAACAACGACACUAUUUCGUUACGUUUUAUCUAUCUAUCUAUCUAUCUCUCUCUCUCUCUCUCUAUAUAUAUAUAUAUAUAUAUAUAUAUAUAUACCUGUUUCCCAUCCCGUCUUUUUUUUUUCCCUCCUCUUUUCUCAUUCUAUCUCUAUCUCUCAUCCUUCCCUAGUCUCACCUUUCUUCUCUCUUUAAUUACUUUCCACAUUCACCCUGACUACCCCUCAGCCUCCCUGUCUCUAUCUCUUACCCUUCCUCCGUCUCUCCUUCCUCCUCUUCCUAUUUUCUUUCAUUAUUCUCGCUGUCCGCCUUCUCUUCUUUCUACCUCCUCUUCUCUCUGUCACCCCCUCCUCCGACUCUCCUUCCUCUCCUCUCUAAUUUCCCGAUUCUUCUUACUCGUCUCUCUCCCGUUUUGUCACCCCGCCUUCUCUCUUAUCUUUCACUUCUCUUCUAUAUACUUUUAUCUCUCUUCCUGUCCAGCUCGCUCUCACACUUCUCUUUUCCCUCUCCUCUCCUCUUCUUUCUCUUUCUCUCGACCUUCUUCCUUAUCAAUCCUACUGCAUCUGUAUAUCUCAUUCUAUCUUCCUUUUUCUCACUGCCAACCUCCCUCUAUCUGCUAUCAAAAGUACCCCCCCCCAAUAAAUCCUUCGGCCAAGAAACGAUCCAUUAUUUGUCAAAAACCCCCAGCCAAAAAGCCGAGGCGAAUUAGAAUGAGACAGAAUAAAUUAUCUAUCUAUCUAUCUAUCUAUCUAUCUAUCUAUCUAUCUAUCUAUCUAUCUAUCUUAUUCUGUUAA